AUGCCGUCAUCGUCAAAGAAUAUCCCGUCGCGGGCUACCGGUGAUGACAUCGAGAGCGUCUCUGGAACCUCUCCGCUUGCCAGGACGAUCAGCAGCUCUCGCUCCCUAACCGGGUCAUAUAGGAGACCUAGCUUCUUCACCAUGGGCGGUCCUCGAGGAACUGUCGUCCCGCAUACCCUCGAGGCAGAUAGCUUGACGGAUGCUGAGUGGGAGCGAGCCCGGGAGGAAGAGCGAACGCUGCUGGAGGAUAAUGCUAUACAUUGCCCGGCACGCAAGACAAACGGAGGAGGGUCAAAGCCAUCUGCGGAUGUUGGGGCUGCUGCUGAGCCAACAGAGACCACCUCGCUUCUGGGGAAUGCGCAGGAUGCUUCCAACGGGACCAACGGGACCGAGGGUGGAGCUGGUGAUUCUGCUGAUGCAGCCAUUGACCAGAAGUGGGACGAUGCUGUAAUGGCGGGAUUGAUCCAAACAACAUGGGCGAGAGAGGCAAAGGUGUUAGUGGAGUACAGUGCUCCCCUGAUACUCAGCUUCGUCCUCCAGUACUCUCUUACUAUUGCUAGUAUCUUCACCGUGGGGCACCUAGGCAAGGUCCAGUUAGCUGCCGUCAGCUUGGCCAGCAUGACGGCAAAUAUCAGUGGCUAUGCGGUCUAUCAGGGGCUUGCGACCAGUUUAGACACUCUCUGUGCACAGGCAUAUGGCUCGGGAAAUAAGAAACUCGUCGGUCUCCAGACGCAGAGAAUGGUCUGCUUCCUCUGGACCAUUACCAUCCCGAUUGCCAUUUUCUGGUUCUUUGCUGGCCGUGUAUUGGGAGCUAUUGUUCCCAACAAGGACGUUGCUGACCUUGCUGGACUUUACCUGAAGGUUGCCAUUCUUGGAGCGCCGGGGUAUGCGCUCUUUGAGGCUGCCAAACGAUAUGUGCAGGCCCAGGGCCUUUUCUCUGCCUCUCUCUAUGUUCUCCUAAUCGGCGCCCCUGCCAACGCGUUUAUGAACUGGUUCUUUGUUUGGAAACUUGAAAUGGGGUUUGUGGGUGCUCCUAUUGCGGUGAUUGCUACGGACAACCUCCUCCCUAUCCUUCUAUUUAUCUAUGUCUAUUUCUUUGCUGGCAGGGAAUGCUGGAAUGGAUUCUCUUACCGAGCCUUCCAGAACUGGGGCCCUAUGGUUCGUCUCGCCCUCCCCGGUUUCCUAAUGAUGGAAGCAGAAGUCCUCGCGUUCGAGAUUCUCACUCUCGCGGCGGCCUACCUCGGCACCACAACUCUCGCGGCCCAGUCGGUCCUUGCAACUAUCGCUGGUAUCAUGUUCCAAAUCCCCUUUCCUCUCUCUAUCGCUGGAAGUACCCGAAUUGCAAACUUCAUUGGUGCCUCUCUUCCGGAUGCGGCGCGCAUCGCUGCCAAGGUCAACAUGUCCGCCGCCAUUAUCGUAGGUAUUAUCAACAUUACCCUCCUCUCCACCCUUCGAUUUUACAUCCCUGCCCUAUUUACCUCUGACGAGGAGGUGAUUGAGCUGAUCGCCGCCGUUCUUCCACUUUGCGCCUCCUUCCAACUCUUUGAUGCUUUUGCCACUAAUUGUAACGGUGUCCUCCGCGGCCUCGGAAGGCAGUCUAUCGGAGGAUAUACCCAACUCUUCUGCUACUAUGUUGUAGCACUUCCUAUCGGUAUGGCUACUGCAUUCGGGCUUCAUUGGGAUCUCUGGGGUCUAUGGGGCGGUGUUGCCAUAGGCCUGUUCCUUGUUGGUCUGAUUGAAGGUAUAUUCUUAACCCAGACAAGCUGGGAGCGCGCAGUUCUAGAAGCCCAGAAGCGAAACGAAGAGGUUUAA